GUAGUCCAGCUUUGAGGUGACAAGAGACUGAACGAGCACCUGGGUGGCCUCUCGAGUGAGAAAGGUUUGAAUCUUCAAGGUGACAAGAAAAACCUGCAUGACUGAGUCAAGUUCGCGAUGUGAGCUGAGAACGAUAACUGGCCAUGCAGAAUCACACAGAGUCUUCUUACAUCUUCCGAUGGAACAAUCAGAGAGUUGUUGAAUGGGAUGGCAAAAUUAUGAUGAGGACAAAGUCCUGCUAGGAUUGAGCUUCAGGUGCUGAGCUGCCAGCCAUGAGGAGCUGACAUGCCGAGAUGUGACUGGAAACCUGGGUGUCAGAAGGUGGGAAGAAAAGCAUUAGUUGGGUGUCAUCAGCAUAGCAGUGGAAAGAGAAGGCAUAGAGGAUGUUACAUCACCAAGAGAACAAGUGCUGGAGGAGGAGAUGAUGUGCCUGAGCAAGUCCCCAGUCAUGGCUUCCUCCAGCAGUCUCCUGUCUGAAGUUCAGCUCCAGUGCUCCAUCUGUCUGGAUGUGUUCACUGAUCCAGUCUCUACUCCUUGUGGACACAACUUCUGCAGGGUCUGUCUCAAAGAGUGCUGGGACAGCAGUUCACGCUGCCAGUGUCCAGUCUGUAAAGAGGAAUUCUCCAAAAGGCCUGAACUGCGUGUGAACACCUUCAUCUCUGGACUGGCUGCUCAGUUCAAGAAGUCAGUUCAGCUCAAAUCCAGCAGAGCUCCAGAGAAACCUGCCAAAUCUCAGGUGCUCUGUGAUGUCUGCUGUGAAAAGAAAAGUGCAGCUCUGAAGUCCUGCCUGACCUGCAUGGCCUCUUACUGCAAGACUCAUCUGAUGCCUCAUAAAACUGCAGCUAAACUGAAGAAACACAAACUGAUGGACCCUGUGGAGAACCUGGAGAACUACAUCUGCCAGAAACAUGAGAAACCCCUGGAGCUGUUCUGUAGAGACGACCAGACGUGUGUUUGUCAGUUCUGCUCUGAGACAGACCACAAGACUCACAGCACUGUUCCCAUAGAGGAGGAGAGUGGAGAGAAGAAGAUUCAAAUGGGAAGGACACUGGCAGAAGUUCAGCAGAUGAUCCAGGAUCGACUGAAGAAGAUUGAGGAAAUCAAACAGUCUGUAGAGCUCAAUCAAAAAAGCUCAGAGAAGGAGAAAGCAGACAGUGUGGAGGUCUUCAGAGCUCUGCUGCGCUGCAUUGAGAGAAGCCAGGCGGAGCUGCUUGAGGUGAUGGAGGAGAAGCAGAAAGCAGCAGAGAGGCAGGCUGUAGAGUUCAUUAAAGAGCUGGAGCAGGAAAUCACUGAGCUAAAGAGGAGAGACACUGAGCUGGAGCAGCUCUCCCACACUGAGGACCACCUCCACCUCCUACAGGUUUACCCGUCCCUCUGCAGCCCUCCACCCACCAAGAACUGGACUGAGGUCAGGAUUAACUCUCAUCUGAGGGUGGAGCCUCUGAGGAGAGCUCUGACUCGGCUUCAGGGAGAACUCAGUAAGGAGAUGGAGAAGAUUGAUGAGCAUGAACUGAAGAGAAUUCAACAAUAUGCAGUGGACGUGACUCUGGAUCCUGAUUCAGCAAAUCCCUUCCUCAUCCUGUCUGAUGACGGGAAACAAGUGAGACUUGGAGACAAACGACAGAAUCUCCCUGAUAAACCAGAGAGGUUUGAUCGUUGUACCUGUGUGCUGGGAAAGGAGGGGUUCUCCUCAGGGAGAUUUUACUAUGAGGUUCAGGUCAGAGAGAAGACUAAGUGGGAUUUAGGAGUGACCAGAGAGUCCAGUAACAGGAAGGGAGCAAGUACAAUGAGUCCUGAGGAUGGAUACUGGAGAUUAUUGCUGAGGAAUCAGACUGAAUAUACAGCAGCAGAUUCUCUCUCUGUCCCCCUCUCCUUGAAACAGGCUCCCCAGAAGGUGGGGGUGUUUGUGGAUUAUGAGGAGGGUCUGGUCUCCUUCUAUGAUGUUGAGUCCAGGUCUCAUAUCUACUCUUUCACUGGUCAGUCUUUCACUGAGAAACUCUAUCCAUACUUUAGUCCCUGUCUCAGUGAAGGAGGUAAAAACUCAGCACCGCUGAUCAUCACACCUGUUAAACUUCAGAAAUAAAGAUUAAAUGUUUGUGUAAAUCCACUUUAUUAUGUCAGAAAAAGUAACUGUUGCAUGGUGGCACUGCA